CCAGCGCGAGCUGGCGAAGCAGGAGAUCACGGAGAGCAAGCCCAUGUUCGUGGUGGCGAGCCCCGCGUGCACGCCGUUCUCGUUGAUUGUGAAGAAGGGCGAGAGGGUGCGUGACGAGGAGCGGUGUCAGGCGCUGCUGAAGCGCUGCGUCGUCUACCUCGAGUUCAUCGUCGAGAAGGUGCGGCUGCUGGAGGGCGUCAUGGUGGUGAAGGGCCACCAGUGUGGCUUCGGGCAGACCUCGAAGGGGCCAGACGGGGUCGUCGGGCCAGUGGCGAAGGCGACGGGCUGGAUGACGAACAGCCCGGUCAUCGCGAAGCGCGUGGGGGUCCUGUGCGCCAAGGACCACCAGCACGUGCACCUGGUCGCGGGCAGGUGCAAGGCGGCCGAGCGGUGCCCGAUCCCGCUGGUCAAAGCCAUCCUGGCCGGCAUGCGUGAGCAGCUGGAGAUCGGGCGCGGGCUCCACGCGUUCGAGGUCGGCUCGACAAUCGAGGAGCCGGGGGCCAUCGAGGCGGCGACGCCCGAGGAGAUCGAGGAGUUCUUCGAUGGCAUCUCGGGCGCGCGGCUGGACCCGAAUAUGGUGCGCGCGGCGCGCGCUGAAGAGAUGGCCUACAUGGAGAGGCUAGGCGUCUUCCGGCGGGCGCCGACGAGCGAAUGCCAUGAGAGCACAGGGACUCGGCCGCUGCCCAACGGCUGGGUCGACGCGAUCAAGGGCGACGGGCGCAGGCCAGAGAUCCGCAGCAGGCUCGUCGCGAAGGAGACGCGGAGGCUCAGCGCGCUGGGCCCAGAGGGCGCAGCGCAGAUCUUCGCGGCCGCGCCGCCGCUCGAGGGGCUGCGGCUGCUGCUCUCCCUGGUCAUGUCGUGCCGAGCCUCGGUGGGCAAGAUCCUCAUGUUCCUGGACAUAUCCAGGGCCCACCUGCGCUCUGAGCUCUUGCAGCGUAUCUACCUGGAGGCGCCAGCAGAGGACGAGAAGUGCGGGGGGGACAUGAGCUGGUUCCUGCUGAAGGCCAUGCGCGGGCUGCCGGUGCAGAGCCUCUCGACUGGCGAGGCCGAGUCCCACGCCCUGGUCAAGGGGGCUUCGGCGGGGCUCGGCUUCCGCGUCUUGCUGGAGGACUGCGGCUACGGCAGCAUAGACGUGGAGCUGUGCUGCGACGCCGCCGCGGGCAAAGGGAUCGCGGAGCGUCGCGGCGUAGGACGCAUUCGCCACCUGCGCGCGCCCUUCCUCUGGAUUCAGAGGGCUGUGCAGCGUGGCCUCGUGAAGGUCAAGAAGGUGCCGGGCGCGGGCGACAGCGCGGACCUGGGCACCACGCACGUGGAGGCGACGCUGAUCGCCCAGUUUCUCGCCGGCCUGGGUUUCGCCAAGAUGACGGGGUCGAGCCGGCUGGCCCUGGGG